UUGGCCGCAACAUGCACAUACAACGCGUCGCGCUCGACGACGACGACGACGAUGACGACGACGAUGGACUACAGUCAUCAAACUGUGAUUUAUGUCCUCUCUUCCUGCAAGAAUGAUGACGCCGGGGACCUUGUCGCUAUUGGAGGCGAGCAUUCUGUCCAGGUCCUCCUCGUGAAGGAAACUGGCUGCGAGUCACUGGCUACUUUUCACAUUGGCUCUCGGAUUACUGCCAUUGCCUGGUCGCCCAAGACCGUCUCUCCGUCGUCCAGCGACGGCUGGAUCAUUGAGCUCGCCGCUGCUGGAGUCGACUAUGGUCUACAUCUGCUCACAAAGCUGCCCAAGAACGAAGAAACCGUAUUCCACUUUGGCGGGGGUCUAAGUGGCCACCACGGCAAAGUGAACGACAUGUGUUUUGGCGGCGGUAGAGGAAGCGAUGCCUCUCGCUACAUUGCCACCGUCUCAGAUGACAAAAUGCUCAUGGUGUGGGACCUCCUCCCUUCCGUGGACACGGCGUCAAUGCUGGCAUCGCCAAUGGGACAGAGCGGCACGGCAUCCCCUCCGCCAAGGACACAGCCGACGGCAUAUGUUAUCGCAUUUCCCCACCCACUGACGUCCAUCAAUUCCCAUCCGUCUACGAGCAAAGAGUUUCUCGUUUCAGAUUGCAGGGGAUCUAUAUUCCUUACGGAUUGGCGUUCAGAUCCAGACGACCCAGAUCCAGAUUCGUGGCACAAUUCGAGCCUAGUUGAGCUUGUAGAGCCGCACGCUCUGUCGGAGGCAUCUUUAGGACGGUCCCUGCAAUGGUCGGGCUCAGUAGCCUGGCAAAGAGAUUCAGCAAAUAUUCUGGGAGCCGUCUACGGGUCCAGGUUUUCCAUAUGGGAUCUCUCCAAGCUUCAGGGUGGCAAACCCCUUGCCGCUGGAAACAGCUUCCCGGAAGGCGGGGAUAAGUUCCGAUGGUGCCAUUCCUAUCCCGACUAUUUUGCUAUCUCAACGCAGUCUCCCGCAAAAGGUGCCCUUGUUCAUGUACACAACAUGAAUUACGUGCAUACGCAGCCUGAGAUUUUCACUGUAGCAUCUCGGCCCCAUCUCGUUCGCGACUUUGAUUUUCUUGGUCUUCGUGGUAUCCCACGGUUGGCAGUGGCUGUUGCCCGAACAGUGGUGAUUUUCCCAAUCGGUGUCGAGCCCUGAUCAACAACUGCCGUUUUAUUUAAUUUCGUCCUCCGGCAAAUACGGGAUCUAAUCGUUAUGUAGUGCCGAACAAGAGACCGAGUUGCCAAAAAAAAAAAUAACAAAAACAAUGUCAUAUAUAUGCA